CGUGUGUUCAAAAUGGCUUCCAGAAAUAAUGGUUCUCGUAAAAGCGAGGAAGAAAAUUUGCUCGCGGAAAAUGACCGAAUGCUUGAUAGCUUAGCCGGAAAAGUUUCUAGACUUAAAGCUAUAGCUGUUGACAUAAAGCAGGAUGCUGAUAACCAAAAUCAAUAUUUGGAUGGCAUGGAUGAUCAGUUUAGUGGUGCUGGUGGUUUGCUAAAAGGAAGUGCACAGAGACUACAAAAAGUCAUAAGUCAUGCUGGAUCGGACAGAAAGUGCAUGUGCUAUAUGAUUCUGGGACUAGUGACUGCGUUCUUUGUUUUGUAUUAUGGACUUGCAUGGAUAAAAACAUAACCUAAUGCAGGUAAUUGUAAAAUAGUGUAACAUUGAAAAUGAAUAUUGAUAUAUUAUUGAAAAGCCUAUAUUUCAUGUGUACAUCAAAAACCG